GCAGCAGCGAACAUUGAAGAGGCAAAGAGGAGAGCGAAAAGUGUCAUGGAAAAGUGGCUGGGUGACCCGCGGCGGGGCUGCGGCUGAGGGGACUGGCUGCUGCAGCGUGAACCGCAGGACAACUUCCUUGUGGAGCUGGACUGGUUUGGGGUGGUGAGCAAAGCCCGGAUCGGGAAGACCGAGAUGUAGAUGCAUGGGAUAAUCUUCAAACAGUGGUGGAACGGUAAAUGGUUUAAAGUGCACACCAAACAUUACAUCUUGGAGGAGGAGGAAAGGAUUUUCAAGAUGAAGUUUUAUAUGCUACUGAUUGCUUUUUGUGUCUUCGCGAUCCCGGAAAGUGCAUCUGAACGAUGUGAUGACUGGGGAGUGGACAAUAUGAAGCUAACUCAACUCUACGAGGGAGAGGCUGCUCGUAUCAGUUGCCCUCUCUUCCAGGACUUCCUAAAGCAUAACUACAGCACGGCACAUUCAGCGGGUCUAACCUUGAUGUGGUAUCGGACAGGUCAAGGGAAAGACCUGGAAGAACCAAUUAACAUCCGUCUACCAGACAAUAGAAUUAAUAAAGACAAGGACACCCUCUGGUUCCGACCUGCUCUUCUCAACGAUACAGGGAAUUAUACUUGCAUGCUCAGGAACACCUCUUUUUGCAGCAGAGUUGCAUUCCCCUUGGAAGUUCUCCGCAAAGACCCAGGUUUUUGUGUAAGCCAGGCUGAGAAAGUUGAAGUAAUUGAUUUUUAUUUGAAUCAUCAAGAGAUACUGACUUGCCCGGACACCGAUGGAUUUUUCCCUUCGAACGUUACUCCGACAGUAACUUGGUACAUGGGUUGUGAGCUAGUGGAUGGAUUUGUCGGAAGAUUUCCAGAAGGCCUCAAGCUAAUAUUUACAGCUGUAGAGGAACGAUUUAAAGGCAACUAUACCUGUAUUGUAACAUAUGAGGAAAAUGGGAAACUAUAUAACCUUACUCGGACAAGGAAUGUCAAAGUAUUUGCUUCUCCGACACGUGCACGACCACCUUCUAUGACAUCCCCAAACAAUAAAACUACUUAUUCAUUUGCACCAGGUGAAGAGAUGCUACUACCUUGCAACGUUGACUUCAGUUUCAUAAAGAAUUCACACACUGAUAUUUGGUGGUUGAUUGAUGGAAAGAAUGCUGAAAAUACUGACCCAAAAAUAAAUAUUACUGCAAGCGUUGUUACAUCCUCUGUUGGAGAUAAGACCAUCACAAAGUUCUUGAACAUAAAAAGUAUAACCCCUGAUGAUAUAAAGCGCAACUAUACCUGUAUUGCAAGCAAUACACUCGGGACGAUCUCAAGACAAGCUCUUGUUAAAGAGAAAGUUGGCACUCCAAGAUACAUCACUGAAUUAGCGUGUGGACUGGGAGCUACAGUCAUCCUUGUUGUAUGCCUUAUUGUUGUGUAUCAUGUCUAUUGGUUGGAAAUGGUACUUUUUUACCGAGCUCACUUUGGGACAGAUGAGACUGUUGGAGACGGAAAGGAGUAUGAUGUCUAUGUGUCUUAUGCAAGAAAUGCUGAGGAAGAAGAGUUUGUUCUGGUGACGUUGAGAGGAGUGCUGGAGAAUGAAUUUGGAUAUAAGCUGUGCAUUUUUGACAGGGACAGUUUGCCUGGAGGAAUUAUUACAGAUGAGACACUGAGCUUCAUUAAGAAAAGCCGACGUCUACUGGUUGUGAUUAGCCCCAGCUAUGUUCUCCGGGGCACACAAGCCCUUUUGGAGUUAAAAGCUGGCCUACAAAACAUGGCCUCACAGGGCAACAUCCAGCUUAUUUUAGUUCAGUUUAAGACUAUUAAAUCCAAAGAGAAAGUGAAGGAGCUAAAGCUUGCUCAAAAAGUUCUCACGGUCAUUAAGUGGAAAGGGGAAAAAUCCAAGUACCCUGGUGGUAGAUUUUGGAAACAACUUCAUGUGGCCCUACCUGUGAAGAAUUUGAGUCCAUCCAAAAACAGCAGUUGCAGUGAAACCGAGCUUCAUCUUGUUUAGCGUUUAAUUUAGAAGUGAAAAGAAGAGAGAUAAUGUAUUUAAUUGCCACAGCUUUACCCAGGUGGUGCUCACAGGACAUUUAAACCUAAAUAGGAAAAAAGUAUUUCAGACUUACAGAGGUCUACAUCCUAAGACAGACCUCAUAGCAUCAUCUAACUCUAUAAACAAAAUGAAAUCAAGGUUAUAGCUGACGGAAAAAACCCAAAUUAAAGCAAAUAGCACUUAAUAAGCAAGCAUUAAAGGGGUUGAUGUGAAGACAAGAGGUACAUAUUCCACAGAAAAUCUUGACUUAUGACACAUUAUGCAGCACGUGGCCAAACCCUUGCUGUCCACUCUAACUUUCAACAUGAUUAGUCAGUGUAUCAUCUGGCAAUGAAUCCUGGGAGUUGGUGUCAGCUGUAUCUUGUACAAAAGUAUUUUAGCAAAGACUGACUUUUUUUCCCCUUUAGGGAUCAAUUUGUAUGAUACCAGAAACCUCUGAUAGAUUUCCUUUGGAAGGUGGCAUACUUUAUAUGAUUAAAAGUGCUGGAAAUGGUUUCCUCUAAGAUUAGAAUCUCUGCAUGGUACCUGUAAAAAGACUACUUUAUUAACUGUGUGUGCCACUUGUUGCUCUGCAAACAGCAGGGUAGGGGUUUUUAAGUGUUUGCUAAACUGCUCACCUAGAGGAUUCAAAAGGUCACUCAUUAAGGCUGUGGGUUUGUAUAUUAAGGGUAAAUGCCACAAAAAGUGAUAUAUCUGUGUAAUGGCUUUAAAGCGGUGGCAUUUUAGAAUGGAACUACCUAUUACCAUUUUGUGGGAACACAGGACACCCGUCAUAUAAUCCAUAUUCCAAAAAAAGACCAAAGACGUCAUGGGGUUUGUAAUAUUAAAGCUGUAGGAAAUGCAUUGAUUGAGACAGUUAAAUGGUUACCAUUAAAUAGUGUGAUUCCUUUACAUUUACUUUUAUUACCAUUCAGUUAGUAUGCCACGAGACAGGUAUUUGAGUAUAUCAUAAAUCAGCCAUGAUCAUAAAGUUACCCAUAGCAUUACUCAUGUUUUUAACAGCAUGUGAGCUGUUUUUACACCGCAGUCAGUGAGGCAUUUCAUGUAAUUAGUGGAGUAGACGGACACAAGAAGUCUGAUUUCUCAGAAGCACUCCGCUUAGCUAUAUCAAAAAAGACUAAUAAGAUAGUCUCUAGAGAUCAUCAGAAUCUCCUUCUAUCAAUGUGAUUUGCCAGUGAAGGGCUUUUAUGCUGCAAUUAAAUUAAAUGGCUUUAUCCAGCUUUCCAGCACACAGUGCAGUUAAUUCUAAUAAUACCAGCUUCUACAUGUCCCUUACAAACACUUGGCCCACUGGUGAAUUAACAAAUGUGUUUGGCAGUAUGGAACAUUAUAUACAACAUGACAUUUUUUUUUUUUUUAUAAACCCAUGCUACCUCAUUACUCACUGAUAUGGUGCUUUUUUUAAUAUGUGAUGCUACGGACCAGCUGGGAAACUAUUUUUCUAUCUACCUCUAGUACAUAUCCAACCCAAUGUGUAUAUGCCAACACGUUCACUGUGAUGCACUGAUUAUGCCGCAAAUGUUUUUGAUUCCAUGACUGUACAGUCUAAAUGAUUUACAGAUUCCAAAUAUUUUAAAGAUAUUCUUGCAUGUAUGAUUUUAAAUAAUGAGAUGGCAAAUAGACACAAUGUUAGUGAGGGAGAUUUCACAAUAUGUUGCUAACAGGGAAGUGGUGCAGACUUUUAAAAGAGGGACAGAUACCAUAAAAAAAUAAUGAAAUCCAGAAGAUAUUUUUUGCUAGAUGCUAUGGUGAUUGCUUACCUUUUAUAAACUUUGCACCAUUUUUCUGUUGGCUGCACUAUAAAAAUCUAUUAUAAAUCUCUAGCAAUGCACUGAGCACAGCAGAGAACGAACAUAAAAGUGUAGAUGUGCUGGUAUGUUCUAUCGUUCCUAAAUCCAUUGCAAUCAUGCCAUUAUAGAUGUGUGAUUGUAAGAAUUAGAAAAUCCAUUUUGCAAUGCCAGGUGAACUAAGAUAUAGCCCAAAAUACAUUAUCAGACACACACGCCGAAUGACUGUCUAAUGCAUGUGCUGUUAUUUUAUUUCUAAAUACACUGUUACCUGGAAACAGUCACAUAAACUAAAAAGAAAUCCCAUUUAAUUUUGGAUAAAGUUACGUGACAUCUGACAUAUAUGUUGUAGAAUGGCCCAGUUUAUCCUGUUUUAUUUCUGAUAGAGUAAGCUUUAAUGACUGUGUAGCUGUAAACAUAAAUAGAUUUAAUGUUUAGAGAAGCCAGCAAGCAUGACUUUCCUUGGAGGAUUAAUAUGUACUGUGAAGUAGCCAUUAAGAUCAGGGUACUUGUAUUAAAG